GAAGAAUCUGAUGACGCGCUUCGAUUUGAUCUGGCUCAUGCUGGACAAGCGAGACCGCGAUUCGGACCACAGGCUCGCAUUCCAUCUUCUGUCCAUGUACACGGAAGAGGGCGCAAAGAAGGUCGAAGCCGUGGUGGAUCCGGAGCUCUUCCGCCGCUAUGUGGCUUUCGCGCGCCAGUGGGUGUUCCCUGCCAUCAACGAAGAGUCUGCGAACGCCCUGCAUAAAA